AUGAAUGUCGAUUCCAGAUUUUUUGCUGAAAGAAAAUGGGCCUAUAAAGGAGAAGGCAACGCUCAUGUAGUAUUAGCUUCUCAUGAUGGUUUUGUUGUACGACUACUCAAAAAUCGUAGAGAUGGUCAGAUUAGCAGACGUUCCCAAGAUGCAGUGAAAUAUUAUAACAUCGUUGGACCACAGUUCAUCGAUCCUUCAUACUUGCCAGAAAUGAGAUUAGUUACUGUUCCUAAAGAUUUCUUUGGAGUUGUUGAAGACGUUUGUCGAAAGCAGCGGCCAGAUUAUCGACUGGAUACAAACAUCGCUAUGAAUGCAACAGCAACGGUAAUGCCCGAUGUAUGCUUCGUUAGAGAACGUAGUAGAAUAUCCGAGGUAAAGAAACUAGGAAAUGUUGCUCAAAUGAAAGAUAAAACAAUCCCAACAUUUUGCGUUGAAAUAAAAGAUGGUAUUCUAAUUUAUGAAGAUAACUCUGCUUAUGAAAGUUUGGAUACCAUUUUGCACGAAUGGUUCUCAAAUUCUAAGAAUUCUUGUAAAAAUCUAGGAGCAACUACCGAAAAUUUUAGAGAAAUUAUAGCAAGAAUUUUAGUUAGUGAUCAGGCUUGCGGCACCAUCGAUAUUAAUGGAAAACAAUCAGUAAACUCCAACUGCAUUCUGAAUCAAAUACUAUGUGCUCAGCGAUUGGGUGAAACAGAUAUCGAAGAUAUUUAUCCCCUGUUCUUAAAACUGGAACAUGAAAUGACGAAAAGCAAAACGGUCGCAGAAGCUAUGCAGCAACUAGAGUGUUUUGACUCCGCAUCAUGGAAAUACCUUAAUGUUUUUAUUGAUGAAUUAGUUGAGUGCAAUCGAUCAAAAAGCUUGUACGACAUUCUGGGUAUUAGACGCGAUGCCAGCGACAAAGAAGUGAAACGAGCCUUUCGUAAAUUAGCUAUUAAGUACCAUCCAGAUAAAAAUAAAGACAAAGAUUCGGAAAAGAAAUUUAUUGAAAUUUCGAAAGCGUAUCAAAUUCUAUCCGAUAAAGGUAGGCGUCGGUAUUACGAUAGAUAUGGUACCGCUGAUGCACCCGUCCCAGGAGAAGGGUCUUAUCCAAGCCAGGAUGAGCCAUCAUUUCAGAAUUCAGCUGAAUUCCCUGACGUUGAUGGCUUUUCCGGAUCCAAAUAUACUUUCUUUGGAGAUCAAGAUAAAUAUUUUGAUGAUGAUCAAUUGCAUACCAAAGAUAAUUACAAUUACAAUCGCCGAGGAUGGAAACGAAAACAGUUUUUCUCGUUCGACGAUCUCUUGAACGACGAUCUCUUUGAGGAUAAAUUAUUUCAUGGCGAUGAAAGUAUUGGCGACUCGUUCUUCACUAACUUUAAGUCACGUUUCUCCGGUGGUCGCCAUUUCUUUAAUAUACAUGGUCCAUUUCAAGAUGACUUCUUUGGUAAUUCUGAAGCUGAUGCUAAGAAAAUACAUCCUGAUCGACGACAAGACCGCUUUACGGAAGAAUUCUCAAAUGACGAAUCAACUUGUAAAACUGUUACCAAGCGCAUUGGAAAUAUUGUCACAACCGAAACAUCAUGUUCGUGA